AUGCGGGAGGAACUCACUGCUGCAGUUUUUGCUGCUUUUGCCAUUUUUUAUUCUGCUUAUUACCUGACUCAGCUGGCACGUCAACUGAAGCAUGUAUUCAGAGGUGCUGAUCAUGAGCUGACAGAACCAACAGCCAUCUCUCCCCUGGCUCCCGCUGCUCCUGGAGAAGAAGCCCAAGAGGAGCAAAUUGAGGCAAAUGAGCACCAGACUCCAUCACUGGUCACACCAGAGCCUGGAUAUCCUGAGCCUGUGCUUCUAGAGAAAGAGCAGGAGCAGAUUGCUUCAUCAGAGAUGCCAUGGCAGACUCAGGGAGAGCUGUUCCCAGCCCAAGAGCAGGAAGAGCAGCUCAGGGAGCAGGUGGAAGAGCCACAGGAGAAUGGCCAGAAGAUCAAGGAAGAGCCACAAGCAGAGCUGCCCGAAGCUCAGAGUGCCAUCAUGGAUGUGAAGAGAAAGAAAAAGGAAGACGUGGGAAGAAUUCAAGAGGAGAAUCUCAGUCAGCAGAGGGGCGAUCAACAAAACCAGGUGAGUGAAAGAGUGGCAGGCACUCCACUCAUGAAACAUCCUCUCGCUUGUUUUUUAGAGAAGAUGAAGGCACAGCUGAACACAGAGCUUCACAUAGCUGACACUAGGAUCAAGACAAGGCAGAAGAGGCUGGAGGAAGAAAUGAAAAUCAUCAGGGAUAAACUUAAUUGCUUCCCUCAUUCUCUACAAAAGCAAGUGGCCAUAAAGAAAAUAAAUCUAAAAGGACUGAGGAGCAAGCAACUAACUGUUAAUGAAAUCAUGAUUAUGAAGAGAUACAGGAGUCCCAGUGUUGUGAAUUAUUUAGACAGCUACCUUCUGGGUGAGGAACUCUGGCUAGUUAUGGAGUACAUGGACGGAGGCACUCUGAGCGAUGUCAUUAGCAAGACUUGCCUGUCUGAAGACCAGAUGGCAGCCAUCUGUCGGGAGUGCCUGCAAGGACUGUAUUUUCUUCAUUCAAACCAUGUGAUCCACGGAGAUGUGAAGAGCAGCAACAUCCUUCUCAGAAGCGACGGUUCUGUCAAGCUGGCUGAUUUUGGCCUCUCUACUCAGCUCACACCUGAGCAGAGCAGACGGUGCUCGGUAGCCGGGAAAACUCGGUGGCUGGUGCCUGAAAUGGUGACGCAUCAACCAUAUGGCCCCAAAGUGGAUAUAUGGUCUUUUGGAAUCAUGGGCAUCGAAAUGGUAGAUCAAGAACCUCCUUACUGGAAUCGAAGUCCUGCCUCAGUUAAAUUCAUAAUAGGGACCCCACAGCUGCAGCAGCCCAACAGAUUCUCGUCUUGCCUGUGUGACUUCCUAAGCUGCUGCCUGCAGACAGAUGAGCAGCAGCGCUGGUCUGCCAAGGAGCUCCUGAAGCAUCCAUUUGUAACUUCAGCCAAGCCAGCGUCCAUUUUGGCACCACUCAUCAGCUCAAUCAAGAGAAUUCAGUCCCCCGCUGAUCCCUCCCCUGCUCCUCCCACGUAUUCGGCUCCGCGCCCGUGCUCCACCCAGGGGGCGGAGAGGGGUGUUGUGCCGCGCCCACUCCCUCAUCCCGCCUCACUACCAGGCCCCGCCUCAACCUCCUCCAGUUCCAGUUCCCACGCCUUCCCUUCCGGUUCCCAUGUUUUGUGUUCCGGGGGGUCGGGGGUGGAUGACCGGAGGCCGGGGCAGGCGCCCUGGUUGGAAGCCGCCCCGGUCUCGUACACCCUAAGCGGGGAGGGAAGUCCUCAGGCACAGUGGGUGCCUUUAGCACCGGCCCGGAUCAAGGAGCUGUGCAAGGCGCAGAAGGACUACUCCCGGGAGUCUGAGUACUUCCGGGGGUUGCUCCGUAAUGCCCUUGUGCAGGGAGAUCUGGUGCCAGCUGACCUGAGGGCUCUCUUCUCCAGUUUGACAGGGCCCAUGGAGUUCCAGGUCUGGGUGGCGGAGUGGAGGAGAGAGAUUUUGGAGGUUCUCCCAAAUCUUUGGGGGAAUCCUUCAACUUCUCACGAUGCAGAGGGCCUGAUAGUCUCAGAAGAACAUCUGUUGGGCGAGGGGCAGUGGGCGACUGGGGCAGCCCAGGCUCGGGCUCUUUUUCCACAGCAGUUACUGGAGACGGCCCAGGCCGCGGAGCGGGCUUUUCUAAAACUCGCAGUCGUCACCUCCCAAUGGGAAGAGGACGAGGUGCGGCAGGGUGUCCGGGGAGAAAGAGAAGGAGGAGAUGCUAAAAAAAUGGCAUAUUACAAUGCAAAUGCUGAGUGCCGCAAGGCCAUUAAGACCCUCCCUCGGACUCCUCGGCCCUCGGUGGAGGCAAUGAUAGAGGCCGUGGUGGCUCGCGUCCCUCUCUCCACACGCCCACGCAAAGCCUCCGUGGCCUUCGUCGGCCUCCCCAAGCCUGAGCCAUUCAACCUCGAGGAGGUCUCCGCUGCCGGACCACCAACACCAGGGCCCGGCAGAAGAACAACGGACACCCACCCCUGCCACUUAUGUGGCAAGAUAGGGCACUGGAUGCCCCAGUGCCCUAUGAGAUUAGACUAUUUAAAUUAUAGGAGGCAGCGGGAAAAAGAAGAAAAGGGCACAAAAAACUAG